AUGUCCAAACUUCCGUCCUCGCUCCCCUUGCCCAUCCAAAGCGUAGACGCCGCCGAAAGGGCCUACAACGUCAUUCUGGAGCUCGAGACGCGACUGUUGGCUCUCAGUCAACGAACCGAGGAGACACAGACGGACUUUGCACAGGCACAUUCGAGUCGACCGAAGCUGGACACGGACCUUGGUGAACAAAGGAACUUGGUACUAUGUCGGAUCCUCGGGUACCUCCUACACCACACACCGACAGAUAAAGCCAGAGCGUCUGUUGCCGAAGGUAUCAUCGCGUGCAAUGGCGAUGACGGAAAACUGUUGGAGUUUGGGGAGGCGUUUUUGUCCUUCAUCCGAUUUCUUCACUCAAACACAGCAAAGACGAGAACGCCUCCCGGUGACCGGUUCAAUCGAGACCUUCGAGUAGAGGAUGCGAAGGGCUCGAGCGUGCAGCCGAAAGACCACUGGUCAGCCAAGAAAUAUGCUUUGAAGCGUGACGGGUACCGUUGCAUGAUUACCGGCGCCUUCGAUGCAAUGGCUUGCGACCAGUUUCCUGAGAUCCUCGCAGAGCUCAAAGACAGCCCGAGCGGUCGGUGGGCUGUGACCCAGUGCUCCCAUAUCUUUGCGGGGGUCAUGAACCGCGAUACCGACGUCGACAAGAGUAACUGGAGUGCGAGCGUUUCGACGAUACUCGAAAAAUUCGGGUACACCUGUAUCCUCGACGAAUUACAAGGUCCCAACGUCCACCGGCUAGAGAAUGUGAUGACAUUGGACCCAAACAUACAGGGCGCGUUCCACAUGCUCAGAUUAUGGUUUGCCCCUUCGGUGAGCCCACCUCCUCUUCUCAUCUCACCUCCCCCUCGCCUACUUAUCUUCCAGCGCGAUCCAAACGCGGAGCCUAACACUUACGAACUCGAGGCACCCGAACCCUUUAUUAUCAAGCACUUCCCCAAAAUCGUCCGGUUCCAAUCCAGCGAUCCUGAAAACCUUCCUCUUCCCAGCCCUCGAUACCUCGAGAUUCAUGCUGCAUUCGCGAGGAUUGCUCAUCUUGCGGGCGCGACUGACUACAUUGAUAGGAUAAUGAGGGACCUUGAAGACAAGACGGUACUCGCGAAUGACGGGUCGUCAGGCGAACUACUCAAACACCUCCUUAAACAAGCAAGUCCUCGAGAGCGGCGAGAGUCAUUAGAACCCUAGCGCGAACGGAUGUACCCUUACUGUCAAGUUUGUAUCUAGAAUUCGUAU